AGUUGCCCUUAAUAUGGACUUAGGAUGAGUGAGGCUAGGUAGUGUUCCAGAACAGUCCUGUCCCUGUGACAUCACUUCUUUGCUGUGCCACAACGAGAAUCUCCUUCCAGGGCACCACCACCAGCCUCUCCCUGCCCAUGUUGAGACGCAAGCAGCUGGUGCAGGAAGCACAGCUAGCAGAGCAAUGUGGCCGAUACCAGGACAUGGCCGCUGCCAUGAGGCAGCUCGUGGCCGAAGGAGGAGAGCCUUUAACCCAGGAAGAGAAGACUCUGCUUUCUAAGGCCUACACCUUCGUAAUCCAGGAGCUCUGCUCUUCUUGGCGACGUCUAAAGAACUCAGUGGAACAGGGAGUUGGAAAGGAGAAAGAACAUGCUGAAGCCUACCGCGAGACCAUAAGAAGGGAAUUGGAAGCACAAUGCUUGGAGAUUCUUGGCCUCCUAGACCAUGGACUCCUAAAGCACUGCCAUGAAACAGAUAAGGAAAGCCGGGCCUUUUAUCUGAAGAUGAAAGGAGAUAACUACCGCUACUUGGCAGAGGUGGCUCAGUCUGACACCAAGGAGAUGCUGGUGAAGUCUGCAGUGCAAGCCUAUGAAGAGGCUCAGGAAAUCAGUGAAUGGCACCUGGAACCAACUCAUCCACUGGCCCUGGCUGUGGCUCUGAAUCACUCAGUCCUCCAUUAUGAGGUUCUCAACAAUGCUGAAAAAGCCACAAAACUAGCCAAGGCUGCUUUUGAUAAGGCCAUUGCUGGGCUGGAGACCCUCAGCCUUGAGUUUUACAAGGAAUCCACAGUCAUCAUGCAGCGCCUGAGGGACUACAUUGUGCAGUGGACCGGUGACCAACAUGAGGAAGUGGAGAGCAACAGGGGAGAGGUUGAAAACGAAUAGCGGGAGUGCACAGAAUCAUCCUCAAAGGAGCUAUAUGCUCCAACAAGUUAGCAGUUACACAGAUCUCAUUAGCACUUGCUUUACUGUCAUUCUGGGACCAAAUCAAUUCCUUAUGUGACUAAUGUGGGCACAGGUAACUCUAACUUCACAGCAGAAAUAAAAGCCCAUUCCUGAAUUAUUUUCAUUGUGUUGCUGUAAACACUGCAAUCUUACAGGAUGUCAUGCAGUGCUAGAGACACCGAGAAAGGCAUAUAUCAGAUAAAAGUUAGGCAAUAGUUAGAAUUGGCAGAUGGUCAGAUUAUGUGGUCACCAGCGUCUUUGUUGUACGCAUUUUUCACUAUGUAACUUCUGUGGAAAGCAUUACAAAGGCAAACUACAUUCAGCUGUAACUUAAGUAGCUGAUGCUGUAGUGACUCAACAUCUGUAAAAAGAAUAUCUGCGCCAAAGUUAAUGACGAUUUCUAAAAGAAUUACUGUAAUAGAUCAAUUCUCUUACCACACUGUAAAGUGGAUAUGUCACUGCUCAAGCCAUCAAAUGUUUCUAAAUGUUCAUUACUCCCCAUUAAAUAUU